AAUAGUGUAAAAUUCAAAUAUCAAAAUAUAUUGACUAAUGCUGCCUUUAAAAGGAUAUUAGAAAAGCUAAAUUUAUCAAUAUCCCAUGAUGAAGGAAAUUCAACUUUAACAGUAUUACCCUCAAAUUGUAGUUGUGGAUAUUUAGAAUCUAUUUUAUUACCAUGUAGGCAUAUUUUUGAAUAUAGAAGAUUGAAUGGUAUAGAUCUGUUUGAUCAAAAUUUAUGUCAUCCAAGAUGGCAGAGAGAUUACUUUAUGAAUUCAAAAAUUUACAUGAUGACUGAUAAAAAUAAUAUACUUACUAAUAAUAUUAAUCAAAAUGAUAUCGAUGGCACUAGAAUUAAUCAUACUAUCAAUGAAAAAAAAAUUCUAUCAUCUGAUGAAAAAUUCAGAAAAGUAAAGGAUAUAAUGCAAAAUAUAUCAUCAUUAUCAUCUCAGAUGAAUCAAAAUGCAUUUAUCAAAAUAUAUACAUACUUAAAAUAUGUUUAUAAAGAUCUAUGUCAGCCUACUCCUAAAAUUUUUGAACAAUUUGAACAUGCUAUCAAUAUAUUUAAUCCAACAUCAGGAUUUAAAUUUAAUGACAUGGAUGUUGAACAAAAACCAGAAAAUCCACUGAAACAAGUUAGUGAAGUAGAAAUCAAUUUCAAUAAUAUUAAAAAUAUUGAAAUGCCAGAAAAAAUGAGUCCUGGAUAUUUAAAAAGACGCAAAGAUGCUAAAAAUAUGAGAAAAGUGAAAGUGAUGAAAGAAAAACAAAUAAAUAACAUCAAUAUAAUGGACAAAGAAAAUAAUCACAACUUUAAGCAUUUGAUAGAUAUGAAAGAUACUAGUUUUCCCUCAUCAAUAAAAAUUUUCACAAAUAGUAAACCCUUACAAACUCUUUCUGAAAACACAAAUUCUACCAGUUUACAUUCAUCAAUGCAAACAUUUAUAGGAUGUGCUAAUGCUAAAAAGCACACUGCUGGCUCAUCAGAUAAAAAUAUAGUUAUCCAUUCUUGUGAUUAUGAUAGACAAAAAGAUUCUUUUAGGCCUCUAUUAAAUACAAAUCAAUUACAAAAAAAGAUAUUAUCAAAGGAUACUUCUGCGAAAACGAACAAUGUACUCCACAGUUCCUUACUACCACAUGGAACUAGUAUUAGGCCAUUAAAUCCUUUUAGGAUUUUACCAAAUAAUAUGCCCAAACUGACAUUACCAUUAAAUAACAUCACAAAUGUCCCAACCAGGGUUGCCAUGUCUCCCCCCAUCAGUGGGAGUCUCCCACAAUUUUUUAGUUUACCCACAUACAUCUCACUCCCACAAAACUCCCACAAUUAGAAAUCUCCCGCAAAAAGCUCCCACAAUUUUUUAAUUUCUCCCACA